CCGUCAAGGUCAACUGUUUGCAUUUCAAAUGGUAGAAAUAAAAAGAAAUUCAACGAGGUAACUCCAAUAAUUUAGUUGGCGUUUUAAUGGAUGUACAGCAGCCCUGAAGCAUCAUGGGGGAUUGGCAGCUUAAUUAUGCAAAACUACAAAAAAAACUAUUUUGAAUUUCAAUUUUGAAUUAUUGUUUUCAUGCUGCUAUUACCAAAAGAUUGAAUUCAUAAUGAAAGAGUCAUGUCUGAGCCUCUCUUCUGUGUUGUUGUCUUUGUAUUCAUAAAGUAGUUGAAAUAAAAACAUGCAUAUAUAUUUUUUUCUUUUUAUUAUGUUGUCUUUUCUCUUCACUGAUGAGGACAGUAAACAACAACUGGGCCACACAUUCAUGUUUUAUUACAUCUCUCCCGGCAUUAUUUCACAGUCAGCGUGUGUCAGUGUGUGUGUUUGUGUGCCUAACAGCAGGUUACAGUAUGUGACCUGCAUACAGUCUAUACAUGCGUGGGCUAAUGGGCUGUUAACCUAGCUAGCAUAUAUCACCAUCGCCAUGACCAUUCAUCAUGUCAUUGACUUUUAUUCACCUGUGUGUUUGUGUUUACAGCAUCAAUGACACAUCCUGACCUUCUUAUAGGAAAACUGACACUCAACUAAAACUGUGACGAGACAAACAUCACUAGGCUGUGUGUGUGUGUGUGUGUGUGUGUUUGUGUGUAGAAGAGAAUGUAGCAGUACAGGAAGUGCGACAACACAGAGACGUUUGGACGUCAGGAAUGUAGCCCGACUGUCAUUUUAAACGUUGGUGUGGUUCUUUAAACAAGGUCGGGUGUGAAGGUGAAAGAGGAGAAGAUAUAAGUGUUGUCCAGGUUGAGGAGGUGAAAUGUGUCAAACUCAAGCCCCAGGGAUAAAUCCGACCCACGCUGUAAUUUCUGCUGAACUAUUGGAAAAUAGCAUUGAGUUGGCCCGCCUCACCGACCUUAUCAAUCAAAGUGCUUAGAGCGAUCUGAAAAGUUUGAAGAGGGAACACAUUGCUCCGCCCCUUCAUCAAAGCUCCACCCUCACCCGUGAUCGCCAGCUGAGGUCUUUUUGGGAGAUCUGUUUGGACCCGACAGAGUGGGAGGGGGUCAUGUGUUCCUGCUGAGUCGACACUUUUGGGCCACAAUGAGGCGGACGCCGCGCUUGCCCCUCACCUUCCUGCCGUGUCUGCUGCUGGCCGUCGCGGCCUCCUUACCACGGCCGUCCCGCAGCGCACCCUCCUUCCCUCAAGACCUGGAGCCCCUCAGCGUGGUGGGCCGAGAAUCCUCCUACUUGUAUCCCAGCUUCCAAGGUCUGACGGCGGACAACGACACAGAGCGUCUGGGUCUGGACUUCCAGAGGAUGCUGAGGAUCAACCACAUGCUCUACGUCGCUGCUCGGGAUCACGUGUUUGCCAUCAAUCUCGCCUCUUGUUCGGAGCGUAUCAUCCCGCAGCAGAAACUGACGUGGAAGACGAAGGAUGUGGAAAAGUGUACCGUGAGGGGGAAGAACAGCGACGAAUGUUACAACUACAUCAAAGUGUUGGUGCCCCGCAACGACGAGACGCUGUUUGCGUGUGGCACCAACGCCUUCAACCCCGCCUGUCGCAACUACAAGAUGUCAACGCUGGAGCAGGAUGGCGAGGAGCUGUUGGGUCAAGCUCGUUGUCCGUUCGAGUCCCAUCAGUCCAACGUUGGACUUUUUGCAGGGGGCGACUUCUACUCGGCUACUAUGACAGACUUCCUGGCAAGCGAUGCGGUGAUUUACCGCAGCCUGGGCGAGAGUCGCCCCGUGCUGCGUACGGUCAAGUACGAUUCAAAAUGGUUACGAGAGCCUCACUUCCUGCACGCCAUCGAGUACGGAAACUUUGUCUACUUCUUCUUCAGCGAGAUCGCUGUGGAGUACACCUCCCUUGGCAAGGUGGUUUUCUCCAGAGUGGCUCGCGUGUGUAAGAACGACAAUGGCGGCUCGCCGAGGGUGCUGGAGCGUUACUGGACGUCCUUUCUCAAAGCCAGACUCAACUGCUCCGUGCCCGGCGACUCCUUCUUCUACUUUGACGUUCUGCAGUCGCUCACCAAUGUGCUGCAGAUCAAUCGCAGGCCGGCCGUGCUCGGCGUCUUCACCACGCAAGCCAACAGCAUCACCGGCUCCGCCGUCUGCGCCUUCUACAUGGACGACAUCGAGAAGGCCUUCAGCGGAAAGUUCAAAGAGCAGAAGAACAGCGAGGCGGCGUGGACACCCGUCCCAGAUGAGCAGGUCCCAAAGCCAAGGCCCGGGUGUUGCGCCGGCGAGGGCUCAGCCUCCAACUACAAGUCAUCCACCGCCUUCCCUGACGACACGCUGACCUUCAUCAAGUCGUAUCCUCUCAUGGACGAGUCAGUGCCAUCGGCUAACAACAGGCCGCUCUUUACUCGGACCACCAGCAGGUUUAAGCUGACGCGGAUCACCGUGGAUACAUCAGCGGGGCCCAACAAGAACUACACGGUGCUCUUCCUGGGUUCAGACAACGGCCACGUGUUGAAGGUCCUCACGGGGACAGCGGGAAGCAACCAGUCCUUCGCCACUCGACUCCUGGAGGACAUUGACGUCUACAACCCUGACAAAUGCAACGUGAGGGGGGAGGACCGGCGGGUGCUGGGUCUGGAGCUGGACCGAGAUCAUCACGCCCUCUUUGUGGCCUUCACGGGCUGCGUGAUCCGUGUUCCGCUCAGCCGCUGCUCCGACUACAAUGCCUGCAAGACACGCUGCUUGUCGUCUCGGGAUCCAUACUGCGUAUGGCUGAAGACAGGAAGCUGCGUCGCCAUGAUACCAGGCUUCAAGGGCGCCUUCGAGCAAGACGUGGAGGACGGCGGUGGUCUUGACGCGGACUCCUGUCAUGACAUCCUGGCGACCACACGCAAGCAGAACACGCCUUUAGAUUCUGCCUAUGGGAAUCCCGCACCCCCAAGCGCCGCCACAUUCCCAAAGGAGGCAGGUGACCCUGAAAGAGGGACAGGUCCAGAUGCCCCUCCCUUCAUGGGGGAGCAAGGGUCACCUGACUCGGAGCCAAUCGGUGUGGAGAUGGAGGGCGUGAGGCGUCUCCCCGAGGCGGACAAGUCCAAUCACAGCGUCCACUACACGCUCCUCAUCGCAUGCGUCCUGGUGGCCUUCGUCCUAGGGGCCUUCCUGUCGGGAUUCCUGGUGUCCUGCUACUGUAACCGCGCGGCACACAAGACCCGGAAGCUUCCCAAAGACCCCGAGGUGCAGAUCCCGCACGCCCUGUCCCUCCGCAGUCUGGCCAAGCUCAAUGGUCUCCUGGAGAGCAAGGAGGACAAGCUGGAGGUGUCGUCUCCAAAGAUCUACAGUUCCUUGUUUACCAGCAGCAAGGAGCUGCUCCCGCCCAGGAGGAGUGCUCCUCAUGGAAUGAGUAUGGGAGACUCUGUGCACCCUCUGCGCCCCCCCUCAGAGCUGUCUGGUCUUCCCACUCCUGACUCCACCCCAGAGCUUCCCAUUAAGAGCAUGAAAGCCUUCAAGAACCACUGGGAGAAGAACCACAACUGCAACAAUGCUUGCAGACCCUCCUCAGCUGUGCUCCCCCAGCAGGUCUUUCCUUACGGGGGUCCGCUUCAGGGGGCGGGACACCCCCAUUAUGAUGACCGCAAAGUCCACAACACAUCUCAGCAGCCCUAUCCCGCGUACGCCCACAAGGUCAUGGAGGUCACCUCUUUAGACGAGCUCCUCAAGCACAUUCACGAAGGAGGCGGAGCCAAGACCCCUCAGCUGAUCAGCCCGUCGGGUCUGGCCGCCAGCGGGGUGGGGGGGCAGCUCGCCUUCACUAAUCGCAUCCAACCACAGAUUCCGGAAACAGAAUCGGCGCCGUACUACAGCUCGUCCACUUUGCCUCGAGAUAGCCUGACACGGCGCAUGGACGUCCCCCCCGACAUGCCCCCCCAGCACCAGUCCACGCUGGAGAGGAGACACUCCUCCCAGAGGCACUCGCUCAUCGCCGCCGCCGCUAAGAUGCCCAACGGGGGCGGAGGGGGGUCCGGGAUUCCUCGCCACCACAGUUUUAGCCAACGCAAUGGCGGCCCCCACCAUCCUCCCCCGCUCCUCACUCGCAUGAACUCCACAGGCAGCGCCGGUGAGGUCCACUACCCCCUCCUUCCACACGGCUACUUAGCCCGUCAGCACAGCUACAACAUCGAGCAGCACGACGGCCCACAGAGGGGGGCUGUCGUUCGACGAGGCUCCUCCCUAAAACCCGACGCCCCCCCUAAACCGCUCUUCAUCCCGGCCUCGUCGCCCCUCAGCCAGCCGGCCAAAUUCAACUACUAGCUCGCAGUGUUAAAAAUGGAGGACAGCCGACUUAAAGAUUAGCUUUGUACCAUAUUGGUAUUGUUCUCUACGUGACUCACUACAUAGACGCUGGAAGCAGUGUGCCGGUGCACAUGCAACAACUACAGCGAUGCUAACAGCGAUGCUAACAGCGAUGCUAACAGCGAUGCUAAUGUUGCACAACAGACUGGGGGAAAGUGGGAGGAGCCUGCGAUGCUUGGUUCUUGUUUUUGCGUAUAAACCUUAGCGAUGUCGUCAUGUUGCUAACCAGAAUGUCUUUCUAUUAUGCAUGUACGUGUACAUAUAGACUGUAUGUGCGUGUGGCUGUGCAUAUAUAUGAACAUAUAUAUAUGUAUGUGUGUAUGUAAGCUGUGGUGAAGUUAGCAAGAAAGUCACUUUUGUAUUUGCCUUAUUACACUCCACCAGACACAAGACAUUUUUCCACCAGCCAUUCCAGUUUGGAAGUUCCCGUUCUCUGUCCACCAAUCAACACGCUGCAUUGUCUAACUCCGCCUCUUACGGUACCCUGCCACCGUGCAGCCUGAAGAUAAGUUACAGACAAGGUUUUUUUUUUGGUAGCCUUCUGACAGUGGACUCGUUGGUGGGAAGAUGUCUUCUUGACUUGUCUUUCUUUCCGCCAUAAACAACAAGUUUGUCUUUUCUCUUUUUUUUCACGUCUCGGUGAGCUGACGACUCGCUGAGGAAGUUUGACGGGGUUUUGUUUUUUUAUUUUGCCAAUGUUUCAGUCAGACUGGUGCUUGACAGACGAGUGAAACUUCAACAUCUUUUUCAGCGGGAACAUUUUGGACCCUGAGAGGCCAACAGUCCCGUACAUACUAUAAUAUUUGUGGCUAAUGGUUGUAAAUAAAGAAAUAUUCCUGACUA